AUGGGCUACUUGACAGUAUUGGAUGAACAAGGUCAGGCAUACAAGUUAAGGUCUACUUCCCUGCAGACUGCCAUGGAACUUUCAUUGCUCGAAGCUGUGGCGCGCCGUUUUGUGACUGGAUUUCUUGGACGCUUCAUCUCUAGUGGCUGUUUAAUUUUAGAAGAGGAAGGAGGCACAAGUUUUAUUUUUGAGGGAACCAGCAAAAAAUGUUCCCUGAAAGUUGUUAUGAGAGUCCACAAUCCCCAGUUUUACUGGAAGGUAAUGACCUGGGCUGAUAUAGGCCUUGCAGAUGCUUAUAUGAAUGGAGAUUUUUCCUUUCCAGACACCGAUGAAGGUCUGCUAAAUCUAAUCUUGGUGCUGAUUGCCAAUAGAGAAGCAAAUAAAUCGGUCUCAAAAUUGAAUAAGAAACGGGGUUGGUGGACACCCUUGCUUUUCACAUCUGGUAUUACAUCUGCAAUAGCUUUCUUGAAGCAUGUUUUAAAUCAAAAUACCCUUGCACAAGCUCGCAGGAAUAUCUCUCAUCAUUAUGACAUGAGCAAUGAGAUUUUUGCUAUGUUCUUGGGUGAAACAAUGGCAUACUCCUGUGCAAUAUUUAAGACCGAAGAUGAAGACUUGAACACAGCACAACUGAGGAAAUAUUCCCUUCUGAUUGAAAAGGCACAAAUCAAUAAGGAGCAUGAAGUUCUUGAGAUCGGUUGUGGUUGGGGAGGGUUGGCUAUUGAAGUUGUCAAGCAAACAGGAUGCAACUACACUGGCAUCAGUCUAUCGAAGGAGCAGCUAAAAUUUGCAGAAAUGAAAGUUAAGGAAGCUAACCUCCAGGAUCGUGUCAGAUUUCUUCUCUGUGACUAUCGUGAAUUGCCAGAAACUUACAAAUAUGAUAGAAUCUUAUCCUGUGAAAUGGUGGAACAUGUUGGCCAUGAAUACAUGGAAGAGUUCUUUGGCUGCUGUGAAUCUAUAUUGGCAGAAGAUGGCAUUUUGUUCUACAGGUGA